AUGCUCUCGACACCUAACGAGGCUCACUGUUGGGAAGUGGUCAAGGCGGAUGUCACGGUCGUCGAAGCCAUCAGCGAAAGCACAAAAAUUGAGGACAGAGGCGCCGGGUCUCAGCGUCUAGAGCGAAUUAGGAAACGGCGAGAGGGGAGUGAAGGUACGGAGAGGAGUGAAGGUACGGAGAGGAGUGAAGGUACGGAGAGGAGUGAAGGUACGGAGGGGAGUGAAGGUACGGAGGGGAGUGAAGGUACGGAGGGGAGUGAAGGCAGGGUUUGGGGGGAGGGGGUGUGA